AUCGGCUCAUUGCUGCAGCGAGAUCCACAACGAAACAAUCAAUCGCAUUGGAGUAACGGAUUAUUACCCGUUCUCGAAAGUUCAGCAAAGCACAAAUUAAGCAGAAAACUAACGGCAACAGCCAUUCACUCUCGAGUGGACAGGCAGACAGACAGCCAGACACCCAGACAGACAGCCAGCCAGCCAGCCAGGCAGAGGAAUAGGGACAGCCACCAGUCGAUAAGAUUAACGUUAACUUAAUUAAAAAAUAAAUAUAAAGAAAAAAUACGCAACCAUCGGAACCGAUCCAAAGCCCAUAUCGAGCGGAUCCCAAGUAUUAUAGAACAGUCCGAGUGGCCCCGGUGCAAGUGUCGGUUGCGCGAUCAAGUGAUUUUCUGUGAGUGAGUGUGUGUGUGUGUGCGCCCCUUCAGGAAUUAUGCAUGAAGGGUGACAACAAAAAAGAACAAUUAAAAGAACCUAAAACCAGCCACAAAAAAAUCAGCAAUCAGCAGUAAAAGAAUAAGUUCAGAAGGACAGCCAAGAUGUAUGUGGCCAAUACCACUGGCGGCCUGAUGCUGCAGACCAUGCUCUAUCUGGCCAAUCACACCAGUCGAGCGGCAGUCAACACUUUGAUAGACUUGCCACCGGCCCCCAAAAGCGAUAUCAACGAGGUGAAGUGCUUUGGGGUUUACGGCUGCUUUCCCAUUAACGGGCCGUGGAACACGGUGACGCGGUCGAUCAAUGUCCAUCCCCAGAAGCCAUCGGAGAUCGAGCCCCACUUUACGCUCUACACAAGUCGCGGCCUCGAUCCGCCCAAGUAUUUGGACCUCAACGACCCGGACAGUGUGCAGAAUAUGGGCAUUAAUCGGAAGGGCAGGAUCUAUCUGAUUGUGCAUGGGUACCUGGAGUCCGGCGAGAUCCAGUGGAUGCUAGACAUGGCCACGGCGCUGUUGAAACACGAGCCAGAGGGCGAGGCCAGUGUCAUAUUGAUCGAUUGGGGCGGCGGCGCCAGUCCGCCGUAUGUGCAGGCAGUGGCCAACACCCGGCUGGUGGGUUCCAUUACGGCGCAUGUGGUGCACAUGCUGUACGAGGAGCUGGGCCUGCCCAAUCUGGACAAUGUGCACAUCAUCGGCCACUCGCUGGGCGCCCAUCUCUCCGGCUAUGCGGGCUAUCACCUGCAGCAAGACUUUGGCCUGAAGUUGGCACGCAUUACGGGCCUCGAUCCGGCGGCGCCACUCUUCACGGACACCGAUCGCAUCGUCCGGCUAGACCGUACGGAUGCCCAUUUCGUGGAUAUCGUCCACACCGAUGCUAAUCCACUGAUGAGGGGCGGCCUGGGCAUCAUUCAGCGUCUGGGUCAUGUCGACUUCUUCCCGAACGGCGGCUUCGACAAUCCCGGCUGUGACAAGAAGUUUCAGGACGUGGUUAAGAGCAACCGCAAGGGCUCGCUCUUCAGCACAAUGCAGCAGUUCCUCGGCUGCAAUCACAUCCGGAGCCAGCAGUUCUUCACGGAGAGCAUUGGCACCCAGUGCCCCUUCAUGGGCAUCACCUGCGACUCCUUUGAUAGCUUCAAGGAGUUUAAAUGCACCAGCUGCGAGGAUCCCGGCCACACGUGCCUGCGCAUGGGCUUCCACAGCCAGGAGGACUACCAGGAGCAGGUGGAGCGGGGCCAGCUGCGGCAGGACGACUCCCCGGGCGUCUUUUACCUGACAACCGGCGACAGCAAGCCCUUCUGCCGCCUCCACUACCGCAUCACGGUGCGUGUGUCCAGCCACGACGAGAGCACGUUGCAUGGCGGCGAGGUGGGGAUUCUCUCCAUUCGCCUGCAUGAAGCAGCAGUAGCAGCAGCCGGACACGACCGGAAGAAGAAGGCCACCACGGAGCUCAUGAAAUUCUCACCCAAGGCCAUGUACUUUGAGCCGGGCUACGAGUACAAGGCGCUGGUGCCCGGCAAAGUGCUGCAGCAGCCGGAUCACGCUACCGUCUACUGGGAGUAUCCAACGAGCAUCCUCAAUCCGCUCACCUGGCGCAUACUCUCCUCGCCGCGCAUCUACCUGGAGUACAUACUCAUCGAGUCGAUGGAGUCCAGCGACCUCUACCUGAAGCUCUGUCCCCAGCACGAGGGCGCCAUACUGUCCGGCGCUGAGAAUGUGCUCCGCACCAGCUACUGCAGGGAUUAGUGUGUGUGUGUGUGAGCGGUGUGUGUGUGUGUGUGUGAAAGCCGCACGCAGCCCAAAAGGCGGCAACACUCCUGGCCGGCACGCUGACUGGAGUGUUCAUGUCUUUGCUUAGCGAGGCCAUGCACCGAAAGUGUCGUGUCGCUGCUGUGGGAACACCUUUGCCUGCUAAUGUUUAUAGCAUCUUUUAUAGCACGGGGCAGGGCAGCGGCAAAGGGAAAGACAGUUGGUAUUUUAUUAAAGUAUUUUUUAAUUGUUCGCAAAAUUAACAAAAAAACACAAAACAAAACAACAAAAAGACAAAAGGAAUUCGCUGGAGAACACCAUUAUUUAUUUGUAAUAUAAUAAUUUUUUUU